AUGCAACCUGCAUCGACGGCUCCACCUGACGGCGACGCGCUGCAGGACGACGCACACGAACACGCGCGCAAGUGGUGGGGCGAACGGGAGCUGGCGGUCGAGCGUGAGCUAGCGGUGGGUCUGCAGCGGCGCAUGGAGACGCAGCGCGCACAGCUCUACGCGUUCAAGACGGAGCAGAGCAAGUGGGAGCACGAGCUGCAGCUGCGCAUCUCCAAGUACACGCACGACCGCAAGCUCCUGAGUGAGCACAAUGUGGAGCUGCAGGGAGAACUCGCGGCGAUGGAAGCGAAGCUGGCGCAGUACCAGCGCGAGAUGGAUCUGCAGGUGCAGUACGUGAUCGAGCUGGAGGGCGUGCUGCAGGAGAAUCAGAUGGACGCGCAACAAGUGUGGACGCUGCGGCAGGAGAACAGGGAGCUGCAGCAAAGACUGCGACAAUGGGAGAGCUUUUAUCGCGACGAAAAGGUGCAGGUGGCACAGCAGCAGCAAGUGCAGCAAGAGGAGCUGCUGACAGAGCUCGAGCGGCUGUUGGUGCUGCCUCAAGAUGCGCUCGUGCAUCGACAACAUGCAGGAGGCAUGCAUGAUGCAAAGGGCGAUGGGACGACCAACGGCGGGCAGACUCAGCAUGGUUCUGGUCGAACGCAGCGGGAAACUGAUGCAGAAAACGAGUCGCUCGUGACGAGGGUGAAGGAGCUCGAAGCGCUGUGCAAGCAAAAGGACCAAUCCGUGUGCUCGCUAACGUCGAUCGUGGAGCAGCAAGAAAUUGCAUACGAUGAGAAGCUAAAGAUCGUGACAGCCAAGUAUCAGCAGGUCAAGGCAAUUAAUCUGGCAUUGCAGAAGCGACUCAUGCACACACUGACCGAAGCAAGUGGCAAGGCAUAG